AUGCCGAAAUUGAGCGAGACCGCCGCGAUCCAGGCCUGUAAAAAUGGCGAUGUACUGAAACUUCAGUGGUGCAAAGAAAAGUUUGGUCCAGCCGUAUUAGAAAAGAAAAAUCAGAUCGGCAAGUCGCCAUUGCACGAGGCCGUCGUUCAUUGCAAGUUGCAGUGCGUUGAAUACCUCUUGGAAGAAAAUGUUGACGUCAACUCGUUGAAAAGAGGUGAUUGGACACCGCUGAUGUUAGCAUGCACAAAAAACGAACUGAAGAUUGUUGAGAGGCUGGUGGAGCAUGGAAGUAACUUGCAGCUGGUCAACAAAGAUGGAUGGAACUGCCUACAUCUUGCUGUCAGGGAGAACAAUGUAGAAAUUGUGAAGUACUUGCUCAAUUGUAAUCCCAUGUUAGCUGCCAAUCAAACAAGAAACAAGAGAACACCUCUGCAUACUGCAUGUUUGCAUGGUCACUUGGAGGUGUUGGAGCUGCUGUUGAAUCGAUGCUCAUAUGCAGGUGACAUGGUCGAUAGUUGUGGUACAACUGCAUUCAUGGAUGCACUACGUUUCAAUCAUGUACCUGUUGCUAAUCUUCUUUUUACCAGAUGUCAGGUCAGCUGUGUUCAUCAUCUCUUAUAUCCAAAUAAUAUUUUUUUUUUUGUGAUUCUUCUUGAUUAUUAA